AUGUUGCGACAAAAGAAGAAUAAAAACAGAGGAGGCAUAGGGUACAAGGUACAGCGAAGACCAUUAACUGGUAGAGAAGAAGAAAUACCAUUGCCUAUUAAGCCAAAAGAGCAAAUUGAACAAGAUAUUCCUAGAAUAAUAGUACAAGAAGAAACAAGUAUACCAGUAGAAGAAGCAGAAAUGCCAGUAGUGGAAUCAGAUAUACCAGUAGAAGAAGCAGAAAUGCCAGUAGAAGAAACAAUGGCACCAAAUAUACCAGUAGAAGAAGUGACAAAUGUACCAGAAAGAGAAAUUGCAAAUAUACCCGUAGGAGACAAACCUACGAUAGUAAAUCCAAGAAUCAAGUCAAAAAUACCCAAGAAAGCACAAGAGGCUAUGAAGAAGAAUUUGGAAGAAAAGAGAGCGAAAAUGAAAAAGGAAAGAGAACGAAUCAUACAGAACAGGAAGAUUAAAGGAAAAGCAGAAGAAAAACUAAAGAUGAUCAAAGAAGCCAAUGCACGGAGAAAGAAAGAAGCAGAUAAAUUAGAAGAGAUGGUACCUGGUAUACCAGAAGAAACUGUUCAAGAUAUGCCAGAAGAAAAGAAGGAACCUGAGAUUCCAUUUGUUUUACCGAAGAACAGGAAGAGAGGGGCAGCAAAGCCACUUCACGAAGAGGCUAUUGAAGAAGAAGCCAAAAUACGCCUUAGGAAAGACAAAAACAAAGAUAUAGCACUUCCUAUUAAUGCCAAAAAGGCAAGGAAGAAGCUCAAGCAAAACCCAAAAAAGAAAUAA